AUGGAGAAUUGGCUGAAAUCUGGGUCGUGUGUUAAGAGAAAACAGGAAUCUACUAACGAAUGUGAGGUUAAUCGUACUUUUACUAGUAAAGACGUUAUAAUGUCUCAAACAUCAUCAAAUGUUCAAAAAGUGGAAAAGAUUUCUCGAAAAUAUUGUUCUGAAUACCUCCAAUAUGGAUUUACGUUCAUUGGUACCGAUGAAGAACCUCUACCUCAAUGUGUAAUUUGCUUUGAAACCUUGGCAAAUGAAAGUAUGAAGCCCUCAAAACUUCAAAGGCAUAUUACAACAAAACAUCCCGUAUGCUCAAAUAAACCUUUGAUAUAUUUUCAAAAGAAGAAAACAGAACUAUUUUCGACUCGGUCGAAUAUGGAGAAUGUGUUGUUGGGGCAAGGUAAUAAAAAUAUUACCACGGCCUCAUAUCAGCUGUCAUUGUUAAUAGCAAAAAAUGGCGCUCCUCACACAGCAGGUGAAAACCUUAUUUUGCCUGGGGUAAAAAAAAUUUCCUCACUUCUGCUUGACGAAAAAGCAGUUCAACAGAUAGGUAAAAUAUCCCUAUCAAACACUACAGUGAAACGUAGAAUCAAGGAAAUGUCUAUCAAUGUAAAGGAGAGUUUAAUAUCUGCUUUGAAAGAAAGUGAUUUUUAUUCUUUACAAUUGGACGAAAGAACAGAUAUUGCAGACAAUACUAAUUUAUUAUGUUUUGUAAGGUUUACUUUCAAUGGAGCAAUUGAAGAAGAAAUCUUAUUUUGCCAUUCGCAAAAGACCAGUGCAACAGGCCAAGACAUUUUUGACUCAUUGAAUAGUUUUAUCCACGAAAAUGGAAUAAAUCGGUCCAAAUGUGUCGGGCUUACAACCGAUGGAGCUCGUGCUAUGUCAGGAAAAUAUACAGGACUAGUAGCUAAAGUCAAGGAAGUAGCUCCGUUAGUUGAACGGACCCAUUGUAGCAUUCAUAGGGAGGCAUUAGCGGUCAAGGGAAUGAACCCAGACCUCAAAAGUACACUUGAAGACGCCGUAAAAAUUGUGAACUUAAUCAAAUGA